UAGAUAUAUAACCACAUACACACAGAUACAUUUAUUCUUUGAGUUCAUAUACCAUAGGGAAACACAACUCAAAAAUUAAGAAAGAUGGGGAAAGAGGAGUAUUAUCCAUUGUUUGAGACAAGGAGAGGGAAGGGAAGACUCAUGUACAUAAUAUUCUCUUUCUCUUUGUUUGUAGGAAUUUGCUCCAUUUGGGUUUAUAGAGUGAGUUAUAUACCCAAAAAAGAUGGAAAAUGGGUUUGGAUUGGAUUGCUUUGUGCUGAACUAUGGUUUGGUUUUUAUUGGUUCCUACGUCAAGCCCUUAGAUGGAACCCGAUUUUCAGGCAACCCUUCCCUGAAAGACUUUCACAAAGAUAUGGGAACAUGCUGCCCAAAGUGGACAUAUUUGUGUGUACGGCAAAUCCAGAGAUUGAGCCACCAAUAAUGGUGAUUAACACAGUAUUAUCUGUGAUGGCAUAUGAUUAUCCAACAGAGAAGCUUAGUGUGUAUCUUUCAGACGAUGGUGGAUCAGACGUUACAUUUUAUGCUCUCUUAGAAGCUUCUAAAUUUGCUAAGCAUUGGUUGCCAUUUUGUAAGAGAUUCAAGAUUGAACCUAGGUCGCCAAGUGCAUAUUUCAAGACUUUAGCUACUUACCCAAAUAAUGAUGCUAAAGAGCUUUUGGCCAUCAAGAGAAUGUACCAAGAUAUGGAAAGUCGAGUAGAAAAUGCAUCCAAGUUGGGUAAAGUACCAGAAGAAACAUACUCAAAGCAUAAGGAGUUUUCUGAAUGGGGUUCAUAUUCAUCUAAACGUGACCAUGACACAAUUCUUCAUAUACUGCUUCAUAGAAAAGACAAUGCCAGAGAUGAAGAUGGGUUGGUUAUGCCCACCUUGGUAUAUUUGGCUCGUGAGAAAAGACCCCAAUUUCAUCAUAACUUCAAAGCUGGAGCUAUGAAUUCAUUGAUAAGGGUGUCAUCAAUGAUUAGCAAUGGAAAAAUAAUUCUGAAUGUAGAUUGUGACAUGUACUCAAACAAUUCUCAAUCAAUAAGAGAUGCACUUUGCUUCUUCAUGGAUGAAGAGAAGGGACAUGAAAUUGCCUUUGUGCAGACUCCUCAGGGCUUUGAAAAUAUCACAAAAAAUGACAUAUACGGUGGUUCUUUGCUUGUAGCUUAUGAGGUGGAAUUUUAUGGCUUAGAUGGAUUUGGUGGGCCUUUGUAUAUUGGAACUGGCUGCUUUCAUAGAAGAGAUGUACUAUGUGGAAGAAAGUAUAGUGAUCAAUGCAAGAUUGAUUGGAAGAAUGUAAAUGAUGAAAAUAUUGAUCAUAUGAUAAAAGUAGCAAGCUUGCAAGAGCUAGAAGAAAAAUCAAAGACUCUUGCAAGUUGUACCUAUGAGGAAAACACAUCAUGGGGAAAAGAGAUGGGACUACUAUAUGGUUGUGUUGUGGAGGAUGUAAUAACAGGAUUAUCAAUUUUAUGCAAAGGAUGGAAAUCAGUAUUCUAUAAUCCUACAAGAAAAGCUUUCUUGGGUUUGAGUCCAACCACAUUGCUAGAAUCACUUGUUCAACAUAAGAGAUGGUCUGAAGGAGAAUUUCAAAUUGUACUUUCAAAGUUCAGUCCUAUUUGGUAUGCUUUUGGACUGAUCAGUCCAGGCCUUCAAAUGUCCUAUUGUUACUAUAAUCUAUGGGCCCUAAACUCUUUUCCAACUCUGUAUUAUUCCAUCAUCCCUUCACUAUAUCUCCUCAAAGGCAUUCCCUUGUUCCCACAGAUUUCAAGUCCUUGGUUCAUACCUUUUGCAUAUGUCAUAGUUGGGGAUUCAAUAUACUGUUUGUUAGAGUUUUUGAGGGUAGGAGGUACAAUUAAAGGUUGGUGGAAUGAAUUGAGGAUGUGGCUUUACAAGAGAACAAGUUCUUACCUUUUUGCUUUUGUAGAUAACAUGUUGAAAGUUUUUGGAUUUUCAAAUUCAAAUUUCAUAAUAUCUACUAAGAUAGCUGAGGAAAAUGUUUCACAAAGAUAUGAGAAGGAAAUUAUAGAGUUUGGAAACUCAACUCCAAUGCUCACUUUAUUGGCUACACUUGCAAUGUUGAAUUUGUUUUGUCUUGUUGGGAUGUUGCUAAAGGAGGUUGUGUUAGGUAAAGCAAGUGUUACAUUAUUUGAGACAAUGUUAUUGCAAGUUUUACUAAGUGGGGUUUUGGUUCUUAUCAAUAUACCUAUUUAUCAAGGCCUUUUCCUAAGGAGAGAUAAGGGAAGAUUGCCAAGGUCUGUUGCAGUUACAUCAACAACAUUGGCUCUAAGUGUAUGUGUCCUCUAUAGUGCCCUUGGCUAAAUUCAUAUCCUUGACACUUUUUAGUUUUACUUUUAAAAAAUUAAUAAUAAAGUAAUAUUAUUCUCAAUGCAUUUUUAGUUUUACUUUUAAAAAAUGAAUAAUAAAGUAAUAUUAUUCUCAAUGCAAUUUAUGUGUCUACGGAUGUCCAUAAUUUGAUAGAGGUCACAAAAUGAAUAUUGGUCAUAACUUUGUUGGUCGGACUUAUGUUAAUUGUUCUACAUUUGAUUAUAUUUAGACAUACACUAA